CUGAAACCUGAUGCUAACACAGAAGAUUUUUGACUUGGCAGUCAAAGGUCAUGAAAGCUAUGGAUUGCAAAUACAUCUUGAAAUGCUUGACAAAGCUGAGCUGCAGAGCUGAUAGCAACACUACGGAGAGUUAUCCCAGGAUCCUGGAAAGAGAAAAGACCCAAAGGGAGGCCCUCACCCUUCAAGCAGAGAGUCUGUAUACAGCAGCCAUGGCCCGCAGCCAUGCUGUAAUGAAGAGACUGGGACUGUCCACCAUACAGGACGCCUUCCCGACACCUCAGCCCCCUGCUGGUCCCAGACAUGGGAUUGAAUCUUCAAUCCAAGGAUCAAUGUACAUGCCUGUGGCAGAGAAAAAUACUUCUGUGAGCUUCAAAUGGGGGGAGGCACAGGAACGAUGUUUUAGCUCCAGUCCAUCAGAGUCUGUCAGCUCUGGGGACACUUUUUGGUCUGUGGACUCUCACACUCCUGCUGAGCUGAGAGCUAUCCCCCUGGUUCAAACCCCUGACGUGGCGCCACUGCCUCUCAGGCCCUUCUCUUCGUCUCCCACCACUUCAGCGCCGAUCAGGCCCAGGAGGAGAGUCUCCCGCCUUCCUGUGAUGUCUGUGAUCAUCAGUGGAACAGACAAAGAAGUAGCAGCACUGCCUAAAAGGAGCUCUGCAGCGCGACCCCAAGUUCCUCCUCCAGCUCCAGUUCCUCCCCCAGCUCCAGUUCCUCCUCCUCCAUUAAAACUGGCCACACAGAAGACACCACGAACUUGUCCUACUCGUCCUAUGCUCCCUGCCAAAACCAUCUGUAAGGUGAAGAAGACAGAUAGACAGGCCGGUAGGAUGCGGACAGCAGACAGUAAAACUCAGGAGGACCUGCAGCCUCUGUUUAAGGCAGCGGAGGGUUUGUCUCAGAGCUUCAACCUGCUCAGCUCUGACGACUGGACGAAGAAGACAAACGGCCUGAGAAUCAUACGAGCCCUGGCACAGCACCACCCAGACGCUCUGAAGACCAGACUGCAUGACGUGUGUCUGUCUGUCAAAGACGAGCAUGGCCACCAACUGGGGAUGUUCAUUCUGCCACUCUAG